UCUAAAGUCAACCAAAGAUUCCGCCUUCUGUAUUGUCCGCUUUCUAGGCACAGAUGUUGCCUGUUUGACUCCGGAUAGGUGGCGAAAAACACGGUUGUCUGGCGUUUGCACGAUUUCCUCCUUGAUUAAAAGCUAACAGGCAUUCCUUGGAAAACCUUAAAGAAAAUUUGACUUUUAGAAUAGAAUAGAGCUGGAAGGGACCUUGGAGGUCUUCUAGUCCAUCCCCCUGCUCAAGUAGGAGAACCUAUACCAUUUCAGACAAGUGACUGUCUAGUCCAGGGGUCGGCAACCUAAAACGGUGAAAGAGCCACUUGGACCCGUUUCCCUCACACACACAAAAAAAAAACACAAAAAACUGGGAGCCGCAAAAUGUGCACAUAUGCGUGCGCAUGCACACACACGUAACGGGGUCCGGAGGAUUCCCUCCUGCUUUCUCUCCUGCCCGCCCAGGUGGAGAGCCUGCGCCUCCUCUUCUCCUGAGGCCGGGGAAGGAGGGCCGGCCCUGGGCCUGUCCUGGAGGACUUUUUAGGCCCCGGAUACCCCCCCCACCCUCUCCUCCGUCUGCUGGCACUGCAGCUCUGCAGCAAGAGGGAACCCUCAGGACCUUUGGUUUUCCUGGUUUGCCAACAAGGCUUGCAAACUCAGCUCCUGCCAGGGAAGCAGCACCUUUUGGGACGGACUCUGAGCAAUUGCAUGCUUCAGGGAAGGAGCACAGAGGCCUGCAAGCAAACAGGCAGGCAGGCAGGCAGACGCUGGGCAGCAUGAAUCAAGCGGCGAGCAAAACCCCGAAACCUUUUGCGUUUGUUUGCAAAGAAGCAGUGAAAGCCGGUCCAGCUGGUCGUCGGGGUGCGGAACCGGGCCACGGGGGCCAAGCCUUACUCACCGGCAAUGCUGAAGCUUCCCACACCAACCGACAAAGAGGAUGGGAAGAAGAGCCCUCUGGACAGCUAAGAAUAACAAGCAACAUUGAAAAGGAAAGCAAACUGAGCCAGAAAUAAAAAAAAAAAUCAAUUUCCUCGUCCAGCAGCUCUUAGAAAAAAACAGAGAAGAUUAAGAAAGAUUUCAAACUGGAAUAAGUAGAUUAUUCAGAACUCAAUGAUACAUUACAUGAAAAGUGAAGGGAAAUUAUUUCUCAUUCAGUAAAAGAGGGAAAUAUCUGGAAGUCAGUGGAGGAAAAGGUGAGUAGGAACGUCACGUAGAGCAGACAGUCAUGUAGGCCUCGCCCUGUGAGGAAGAAAAUGGAUUGAAUGAAAGCAUAAGGCAUUGUCCAUAUUUUUGACUUCCUCAAGAAUAUCAGCUGUGGAAAAGCUCCGUACUUGUGUCUAUUGCUGGAAAACCACAGAUUUCAAAUCACAACUGAUUAUGCACAAGAGGAGCAAUACAGCAGAAAAGCCAUACAAAUCAUCUUAUUCUGGCAGAACGUUUAGUCAGAACAGUUCCCUUGUGGUUCAUGGAAGGACCCACACAAGAGAAAAGCCAUAAAAGCACUCCUAGUGCAGUAAAUGCUUUAGUGAGCAUGGCAAUGUGAUGAUACAUCAGAGGAUUCACAGCAGGAAGAAAACCUAUGACUGUACUGAUUGUGUGAAAGUUUCAUUACAAAUUCCCAUGUCAUGAGACACCAGAGGACUCACACAGGAGAGAAAUCUUUUGAAUGUCUUGAUUGUGGGAAAAGUUUCAUUCACAAUUCCCACCUGGUGACACACCAGAGUAUUCACACAGGAGAGAAACCCUUUAAAUGUCUUGAGUGUGGGAAAGGUUUCAGUCAGAAUUUCCACCUGGUGACACAUCAGAGAAUUCACACAGGAGAGAAACCCUUUGAAUGUCCUGAUUGUGGGAAAAGUUUUAGUCGCAAUUCCCACCUGGUGACACACCAGAGUAUUCACACAGGAGAGAAACCCUUUAAAUGUCUUGAGUGUGGGAAACGUUUCAGCCAGAAUUCCAGCCUUGUGAAACACCGGAGGACUCACACAGGAGAAAAACCCUUUGAAUGUCCUGAUUGUGGGAAAAGUUUCAGUGACAGGUCCAGCCUUGUGAAACACCAGAGGACUCACACAGGAGAGAAACCUUUUGAAUGUCCUGAUUGUGGGAAAAGUUUCCGUCACAAUUCCAGCCUUGUGAAACACCAGAGGACUCACACAGGAGAGAAACACUUUGAAUGUCCUGAUUGUAGGAAAUGUUUCAGUCAGAAGUCCAGCCUUGUGAUACACCAGAGGACUCACACAGAAAAGAAAGUGUAUGAGUGCCCUGUUUGUGGGAAAAUUUUCAAGAGGAAUUCACACCUGUUGAUACACCAGAGGAAUCACACAGGAGAGAAACCCUUUGAAUGUCCUGAUUGUGGGAAAGGUUUCAGUCAGAAGUCCAGCCUUGUGAAACACCAGAGCACUCACACAGGAGAGAAACCCUUUGAAUGUCCUAUCUGUGGAAAAGAUUUCAAUCGCUAUUCCAGCCUGGUGAGACACCAGGGGACUCACACAGGAGAGAAACCCUUUGAAUGUCCUGAUUGUGGGAAACGUUUCAGUGAGAAUUCCAGCCUUGUGGAACACCAGAGUACUCACACAGGAGAGAAACCCUUUGAAUGUCCUGAUUGUGGAAAAAGUUUCAGUCUGAAUUGCAAACUCUUGAGACACCAAAGGACUCACACAGGAGAGAAACCUUUUCAAUGUCCUGAUUGUGGAAAAAGUUUCAAUCAGAAUUGCAGGCUCCUGCAACACCAAAGGACUCACACGGGAGAGAAACCCUUUCAAUGUCCUGAUUGUGGGAAAUGUUUCAGUCAGAAGUGCAACCUAGGGAGACACCAGAGGACUCACACAGGAGAAAAACCCUUUGAAUGUCCUAUCUGUGGGAAAGGUUUCAGUGAGAAUUCCAACCUGGUAAAAAACCAGAAGACUCGCACAGGGGAGAAAUCUUUCAAAUGUCCAGUCUGUGGACGUUACUUCACUCAUAAAUCAUCCCUUAUUGCACAUGUGGAAAUCCAAACGGUUGUUGAGAAAUUGACUAUUUGAAUUGUGCUCUGAAUCUUUUUACUCACACAUGUCUCAGGAUUAGAUUUGUAGGUGGAGAGAAAAGGAAAAUGGAAAAGGGUUAACUACCAAUUUCUGGUUAGCAGCAGCAGCUACUGGAUAUUUCCUUUUGUAGAAGUUGUGGAUUUCCUCAAAAAGGCUUCUGGGUGGUAGUUUUGUAUAUUGAUUAUAUAAUUCCCACAUGUGGAGUUUCAGGUCUCCUGCAGAUUUUGAGGUCCAGAAUUUCUCAGCCAGUGUAGAAAAGGUCCUCAAGAUAUAACUGUCAUGGGCCUUGCAAUUAUGGUUGCAUGUUGCAACGGCUGUUAAGUGAGAUCUCUUUCCUAAACUAUCCUGAUCUCUCUGAUGUAGCCAUUGAUUGAAUGUGUCAGUCACUAAGUGGAACACUGCUACCUCAGGGAUGGGGAAAACUCUUGGAGGCCUGGUGCAGGCCCAGGUUUGCCUGUUGUAGGCAUCUCUAGGCCUCCCCCACCCUGUGCUCUGUUUCCCAACCCUUGUGCUGCCCAGUUCUUUCCCACCCCAGGAUCUCCACAGGCUUUUUCUCCCUCCCAUUGGGUCCCUGCCCACCUCACACCCUCCUCUUUCUAACACAUACAGUUGUUAACCUGUAAUCUGUCUCUUAUGCAAUUUGCAUUUCUAAGUAAUCUGUUUUACUCAGCUUCCCUUCCCUCCUCAUUUAUAAAUUUAAAAUGUCUCUUCCAACAGGGAUCUUUAUUAAGAGAAGCUGAUUGUAGGCAUGCUUUCUCCUUUCCCUGCUCCGCCGUCUGACAUGGUUAUUUUUUGCAAAGUCCCCGGCAAGGUUCUCCCUUGCAGGUGGACUAAUUUUGCAGAUCCUGUCUAAUAUAAGGACCCACCUCAAUCUUACAUCUUAAGAAGACAGAACUCUUGGAAUGUCU